CACAAUCAGCAAACCCAAUCCACAACCCCUCCCGUAGUCUCUUUGACUUAUAAUGUUCCUUCUAUAACAGAGAGCUCCACUGCUGCAGAGACAAGACCCGCGGAUACAGGAGGACGAUGCUCGGCCUUUCUACACAACAUCACAGUUGACUCUGGUUGGGAGGGUUUGAGGAUUGGACUGCAGUCAGAUAAGAAAGGCGGAGACGCAGCAACGUCUGUCUGUCUGUCAGAAGAAAGAAAGUCGCUGUAAUCUCAUUUGGACGAGGUAACAGAGAACCACAAUGACAACACUUGAUCUUUGGAACACGCUGGAGGACCUGACAGAUGAUCAGUUCAAGCAGUUCAAGUGGUUCCUGAAGCAGGACGACAUACCUAAAGGAUUCUCAGCUAUCCCAGCGGCCCGGCUGGAGAGGGCAGACAGGCAGGACACGGUGGAUCUGAUGGUUCAAAAAUAUCAGGGUCCCGGAGCUCUGGAGAUAACCAUGAAGAUUUUAAAGGAGAUAAGCAGGAAUGAUCUGGUGCAGUGUUUGUUACAAACCAGCUCAAGACCGAAAGACCUCAAAAGCCAUAACUCUGUUUCUGUAAAUACUGAUUAUGGAAGAAAGAAGGCAAAGCUGGGGGAGACAAAGGCUGAAAUUAUGCUGAUGAUCCAGGAGAGACAGGUGAAGAUCUGGGAAAUCAAUCGCUCAGCAAAGUUGAGCAGUAAAUCUGCAGACAGACAUAUCGCAGACAGUGUGCAGGCAUUUGCUGUUUUGCAGCAGUCAGUCGAGAGAAGUCUGGCUAAUCUCAUCGAGGCAAUUGAAGAAAAGCGGGAAACGACACGGAAGCAGGCCGAAGCAUUCAUUCAAGAGCUGGAGCAGGAAAUCUCUAAGUUGAAAAAGAGAUUCGCUGAGGUGGAGCAGCUCUCACGCACCGAAGACCACCCUGACUUCCUGCAAAGCUUCUCUUUUACAAAUGCUAUUCCACCCACCAAGAACUGGGCAGAAAUCAGCGUCCCUCCACCAUCAUAUGGGGGAUCUGUGGGGACCACUGUGAAUCAGCUGGUUGAAAUAUUUACGCAAGAGAAGGAGAAAUUGUUUACUAAGGCCAAGCUGAACAGGGUCCAGCAGUUUGCAAAGGAUGUGACUCUAGAUCCUGAUACAGCAAAUCCAUACCUCAUUUUGUCUAACGACGGCAAAGAAGUUUACUGUGGUGAUGUAGAACAAAUCCUCCCCGACAACCCAGAAAGGUUUAAUCCUGCUUUAAAUGUCUUGGGAAAGCAUCAUUUCUCCUCAGGAAGAUUUUAUUACGAGGUUUGGGUUAAAGGGAAGACUUCCUGGGAUUUAGGUGUUGUUAGAGAGUCAAUCGGCAGGAAGGGGUCUAUCUCAGCAAGCCCCGAGAAUGGCUACUGGACUAUAUGUUUAAGGGAAGGUGAGAAGUACAAAGCUUUUGCUGCCUGUCUCAGUGUAAAAAGUCCCCCGAAGAAGGUGGGCGUGUUUGUGGAUUAUGAGAAGGGUUUAGUCUCCUUUUAUGACGUAGAUUCUGCAGACCUUAUCCACAGCUUUACGGACUGUUCCUUCACUGAGAAACUCUACCCAUUCUUCAGUCCCAGUCGUCAUUACGAUGGUAAAAACUCCACCCCUCUGAUCAUUUCUCCUAUCAAUUACGAUGAUUAGAUUUGAUCAAUGAUCCACUUGAAAAUGGUUCUGUAAUUUAUGAAACAUAAUUUAAACUCAUCAUCAAUUGUGAUAUUAGUGAUGUUACAACAAUGUAGGAGAUGAAGGAAAUGCUUUGAAACAGUCCAGAAAUGUAUUGUUUGGUUGUAGUACCCAUUUGUGCCACUAGAUGGUGACACUUCUCCCUGCUGCAGAGCUAUGUCUCCUGAGGAAAGAGUUGGUAUGUACAUAUGAUGAACACGGUACAAUAAAGUAACUGUGGAAGCCCUU